AUGGGCACCCAAGCAAGAAACGCGACAGCCGACGAUAAAAAAGUGCUCGGCGGUUAUCAGCCGCCACCCACUAUGGAGUGGUGCAGAGCCCAAGCCAAUGUCAAGAAUAACAUGACGACUGGGAAGGAAUUCAUGCGGGCGUUUUGGGUCAGCUGCAACGAAUGGCACGAUUUCAAGACGAAGCUCUACAUGGCCCUGCUCCAGCCGGCGGAGCGCUGGACAUGGCCGGAACCUUCUGGAGAUUUGAACAAUGACAAGUCAGCCGAAGCGGAGCGCCUAGAGUUCGAAGCCGGCGUAGCUGGCAACACGCCAUACUAUUGCGUGCCGGUUAGCAAGGAAAACCGGUGGUACUACGAACCAGUGCUCGACUGGGCAUUUGCAUAUCCACCAUUGCGCGAUCGAAUCCAGACUUUCAACGGCUUWAAUGGCCACCUURCGACCACCUACCGCAUCGAAAUCUUGUUGCAGGUCAUUGAAAAGGCCAUGCAGAUGAUGCGCGCACAUCACGCUUUCCGCGACCCURGCCCUGAUGGYAUUCGCUCACUCAGAUGUAGCUGGGUUGGCGGAAGACUCCCAGCAGCCCCACCAGUCGUGAAAGGUCGGAGAAUUAAGAAGAAGACAUUUGGUGCCAUGGACAUCGUGGUAGAGAUUGACAGAAUGCCUAACAUUGCGGACGACACUAUCAUGCGGGUAGAGGCUGGUGAUGUUGGGGACGGAUGGAGAAGUACCCACGAGACGGCAACACUGGAAAGACUCGUCGCAGCAAUUAAUGCUGCAGCCGGAAGGGAUGGGCACGAUCUCGGGCGUUAUGGAGUAUUCUACGAGGAUGCGAACGAGAUGCUAGUGAGGUUGAAGGAUACUCAGCAGUUGGUGGAGCAUUUGCAUUUGAAGAGAACGGUCACCAACUCGCAGUGGGAUGACCUGCGGUUUAUUGUUGCUCCCAAGCGACCGGCUCGGGCGCGAUGA